UUGUAGGUAGUACAAGAACUGAAAAAUAAUUUUUGGUUGCCAGUAUACCUGUAGUCGUUGCACUGAUCAGUCGAUAGUUUUGUGAUAAAUUAUUUCUCAAGUGAAUUAAAUUAUUAACCAUGGGACGUGAUUCUAGAAAGGUUUCAAGAGAACUUCGGAGUUCUGAAAAAAUUAAUAAGUCGCGUUCAGUCAAAAGAAAGAAUGUUUUUAAUCCGAAAACAGCCGAACGUGAUGAAAGUAUUCAGAGUACAUCUUCUAAAAAAUUAAAACAAAACACUGAAGAUGAUGUACCUGAAGACAGCAGUACUGAAUUUCGAAUAAUAAAUUUUAUUCAGGUAUUCACUGCAAUUUCUGCUCUUAUAAAAUGUAAAAAAUGUGAUGGAAAUGUAGUGUUUCAAACAGCAAGUACACGUGGGCUGGGAUUCAAAAUUGUAGUUGCAUGUAAUAACUGUGGAAAUGAAUAUAUUCCUUCCUGUUCUUUCGUUGGGCAUUCUUAUGAAAUAAACAGACGUUUCAUUUUUGUAAUGAGAAUACUAGGAAUAGGAUACGAAGGAUUGUGCAAGUUUUGCGGCCUGAUGGACAUGCCGUCUUUUUUAGAUAAAUCUACGCAUACAAUUUUACUGAAACAGAUUUUGAAUUGUAGUAAAGCCGUCGCAGAAACCUUCAUGACGAAAGCUGUGAAUGAAGAAAAGCAAGCAAUGCCAACAACUGAAAAUGAAGAUAUAAAUCAUCUAACUGUAUCGGGAGAUGGAACCUGGCAAAAACGGGGAUAUACAUCGUCAUUUGGAGUUUCUUCUAUAAUUGGCUAUUUUACUGGAAAGAUUCUUGACAUAAACAUUAAAAGUGCAUAUUGUAAGCUAUGUGAGUAUUGGAAAAAAAAAACAAAUACUGUUGAGUUCGAGGAAUGGUAUCAAUCGCAUGAAGAUGUGUGUUCUGCUAAUCAUCAAGGGUCUUCUGGGAAAAUGGAGGUGGAUGCGAUGGUCGAAAUGUUUUCGUAUUCUGAAACUAAAUAUGGAGUUAAGUAUGCCAACUAUAUUGGUGAUGGUGACUCCAAGACCUAUUCAGGAAUUAUAAAAUCAGAUCCUUACGAAAAUACAACUGUAAAUAAAAAGGAAUGUAUAGGGCAUGUCCAAAAGCGGAUGGGGAGUCGAUUACGUACGCUGAAGAGUAAACAAAAAGGUCUUGGUGGUCGAGGUAAGCUCACAGGAAAAUUAAUAGACAAACUAACUGUGUACUAUGGUUUAGCAAUACGCCGGCAUUGUGAUUCUAUUGAAAAUAUGAAAUCUGCUAUAAUGGCAACCUUUUAUCACUACGGCUCGAGUGAUGAAAAACCGAAUCAUGAUAUGUGUCCAAAAGGCGAAGAAUCUUGGUGCUCUUACCAGCGCGCUGAAGCAAGAGGAGAGCUUGAUACCUUUUCUCACGAUUAUUCUCCUUUACCUUCUGAUGUUUUAAAAGCUAUCAAGCCUAUAUACGAAGAUCUUAGUAAUGAAAAUUUACUUUCAAGAUGUGUAGGUGGAUUCAAUCAGAAUAAUAAUGAAAGCUUUAACCAACUAGUAUGGAAAAUAUGUCCAAAAACGGUAAAUACUAGUUUUACUAUCGUACAAAUAGCUGCAUACGUUGCUAUGUGUAUAUUUAAUGAGGGUAUAAAUUCAUUAUUAGUCUUGAUGAAUACACUAGGACUUAAUUGUGGGCCUAAUUCUCAUCGGUAUGCAGAAAGAAUGGAUGCUGCACGUAUCAAAGUAGCAGAUAAGCGCGCUAAUGAUAACACCCGAGAAGGUCGAUUGCAACGUAGGCACCAGCAAAUCGAUAUUUUGGAAGCUGCUAUGUCGGCUGAAGAGCUAUUAUAUGGUCCAGGAAUAGAUGACUCAGUAUGAAUCUCCAAGGACUUAUGAUGAUCACCGCAAAGGACUUCGGGAGGAACGGGCUCUACAAAAACAGCGAUAACUUUUUGAAUUAUUAAUUUUUUUUUUUGAAAUUUUCGUGAAGUCAAAUCGAAACGUGUUCUAAUAAAGCUAUGUUUUUAUUUUUGUCAAAUAAAGUAAUUAACUACAAAAAAAAAAUUAUUGAAAA